UGUAGACGUCACUACUCAUUCCUGGGGCCCUCGGGAUACUGUCUCGCCUUCAGUUCGCCGUCACUGGUGGCUCUAUCACAACCUCUGUUGCUUUGUGACCUGUACUGGUCGUGGGAGUCGUAGGAAGGGUUCAGGGACACCCAGGAAACCUAAAAAUGGACUCAGUAGCCUUUGAGGAUGUGGCCGUGACCUUCACCCUGGAGGAGUGGGCUCUGCUGGAUCCUUCACAGAAGAAACUCUACAGAGAUGUGAUGCGGGAAACCUUAAGGAACCUGUCCUCAAUAGGAAUAAAAUGGGAAGAUCCAGACAUUGAAGAUCAGUACAAAAAUCGGGGGAGAAAACUAAGAAGUCCAACAGUAGAGAGACUCUCUGAAAGUAAAGAGGUUGGUCAGUGUGGAGAAAACUUCAACUUUAUUUCAAAUCUCAAUCUGAAGAAAACUACUGGAGUGAAACCCCGUGAGCGCAGUGCACGCGGAAAAGUCUUUGUGUAUCAUUCAUCUUUUGAUAGACAUAUCAGAUGUCACCCUGGACACAAUCCAUCUGAGUAUCCGAAAUGUGGAGAGAAGCCAUAUAAAUGUAAGGUAUGUGGGAAAGCCUUUAGUUAUCUCCAGUGUUUUAAACAACAUGAAAGACAUCAUAAUGGGGAGAAAACUUAUAAAUGUAAAAAACGUGGGAAAGUCUUCGUGUACCACAAAACCCUUCAAAAACACAUGCUGAAACACACUGGACACUCUCCUUAUAAAUGUAAGGACUGUGGGAAAGUCUUUAGUUGUUCAAAUUCACUUCAGUUACAUGAAAGAAUGCACAUUAGAGAGAAACCCUAUGAGUGUAAACAAUGUGGAAAAGCCUUCAGAGGUUAUCAAAGUCUUCAAAUACAUGAAAGAAGUCACAAUGGAGCAAAACCCUAUUCAUGUAAAAAAUGUAGGAAAGCAUUCAGGUGUCUCAGUUAUCUUCGAAAUCAUGAAAAAAAUCACAAUAGAGAGAAGUCCUAUGAAUGUAAAAUAUGUAGUAAAGCAUUUAAGUAUCCCAGUCGUCUUAAAAUACAUGAAAGAACUCACACUGCAGAGAAACCCUAUGGAUGUAAGGAAUGUGGAAAAACCUUUAGAUAUUAUCAAAGUCUUCAAACACAUGAAAGAAGUCACACUGGAGAAAAACCCUAUGUAUGUAAAACAUGUAGUAAAGCAUUCAGUUGUCUCGGUAAUCUUCGAAAACAUGAAAGAAAUCACACUGGAGAGAAACCCUAUGUAUGUAAAAAAUGUAAUAAAGCUUUUAUUUGUCUCAGUUCUCUUCGAAAUCAUGAAAAAAAUCACACUGGAGAGAAGCCCUAUGAAUGUAAAGAGUGUAGAAAAACCUUUAGAUGUUAUCAAAGUCUUCAAGUACAUGAAAGAAAUCACACUGGAGAGAAACCCUAUAUAUGUAAAAAAUGUAGUAAAGCAUUCAGUUGUCUCCCGUAUCUUCGAAUACAUGAAAGAACUCAUACUGGAGAGAAACCAUAUCAGUGUAAGGAAUGUGGAAGAGCCUUCAGAUAUCAUCAAAGUUUUCGUAAACAUGAAAGAAAAUUCAUUGGAGAGAAACCCUAUGAAUGUAAGGAAUGUGGAAAAACUUUCCGAUGUUACAAAAGUUUUCGAAGCCAUGAAAGAAUUCACACUGCAGAGAAACCCUAUGAAUGUAAAAUAUGUGGUAAAGCUUUUAGGUAUCCCAGUCGCCUUCAAGAACAUGAAAGAACUCACACUGCAGAGAAGCCCUAUGAAUGUAAGGAAUGUAGAAAAGCUUUUAGAUAUUAUCAGAGUCUUCAAACACAUGAAAGAAGUCACACUGGAGAGAAACCCUAUGUAUGUAAAACAUGUAGUAAAGCAUUCAGUCGUCUCCGCUCUCUUAAAACACAUGAAAGAAAUCACACUGGAGAGAAACCCUACGUAUGUAAAAAAUGUAGUAAAGCAUUUAUUUGUCUCAGUUAUCUUCGAAAUCAUGAGAAAAAUCACACUGGGGAGAAGCCCUAUGAGUGUAAGGAAUGUAGAAAAGCCUUUAGAUGUUAUCAAAGUCUUCAAAUACAUGAAAGAAAUCACACUGGAGAGAAACCAUAUGUAUGUAAAAAAUGUAGUAAAGCAUUCAGUUGUGUCUCUUAUCUUCGAAGUCAUGAAAAAAUUCACAGUGUAGAGAAACCCUAUGAAUGUAAGGAUUGUGGAAAAGCCUUCAGAUAUUAUCGUAAUUACCAAAUACAUGAAAGAAAAUUUACUGGAGAGAAACCCUAUGAAUGUAAGGAAUGUGGGAAAGCCUUUAGAUGUUAUAAAAGUUUUCGAAGACACAAAAGGACUCACACUGGAGAGAAACCCUCUGAAUGUAAAAUGUAAAGCAUUUAGAUAUCCCAGUUAUCUUCAAUUGCAUGAAAGAAUUCAUACUGAAGAGAAGCCCUAUGAAUAUAAGGAAUGUGGAAAAGCCCUUCAGACAUUAGCAAAGUCUUCAAACACAUAAAAGAACUCAAACUUGAGAGAAACCCUAUGAAUGUAAAACAAGUAGUAAAGCAUUUAAGUAUUCCCAUUAUUUCCAAAGACAUGAAGAAAAUGACAGUGGAGAGAAACUAUGAAUGUAAAUGGAAAACCCUUCAGAUAUUAUAAAAGUUUUUGAAGACACAAAAGGAGCCACUGGGGAGAAACCUUGGGAAUGUAAACAAUGUGGCAAAGACUUCAAAGAUUACUCUUGCUUGCAACCACAUGAAAGAAGUUGUACUGGAGAGAAACUCUGUGAAUGUAAAGAAUGUGGUAAAGCAUGCAGAGAUUACAGUUUCUUAGAAAAGCACAAAAGAACUUAGAAUCCCUAUGAAUGUAAGAAAGUUGAAAAUCCUUCAAAUGUUAUCCAAGUGUCAAAAACAAAAUCCAACAAAGUAAAUUUGAAGAUCUAAUUGGCUUUCAUUCAGAAAUUUAUGAAUUUGGCAGCAUCCCAUCCAGCAACUAGAAGGAUGCUCUGAAGGGUUGCACUAAAUGGAAUUUUUUUUAUAGGUUGGGGCAAGGGGGCUAUUGACAAGGAAAGGGUUAUUUGGGGUCAGGAUAUCUUUCCUUUGGGAGAAGAGAAUUGUUAUUAUAGUGCAGAUUGCCUCUUUCUAUGGGGGAUAGGUAGGGCCCAUGUGAUAGAUCACCUUACAAGUGCUUGAUCAGAAUAUUACAUACUGGUUGAUUAUGUUUCUGAGAGGAGCUGAAACUGCAAUUAGAUCAUGUGAUAUGAAAAUCAAGAUUUGGGGAGGGCAGGGUCAGUGCCUAGAAAACCUGUCCCCAGGUAACAGGUAUGCAGUCCUUGGUGAGCCACUGAUGAUGGGGACAGGGCCAGGUUUCAUGUCUCCUGGGGACUCUGAAUUUCUCCUGCAGGAGAAGCCAUUUGAACUUUUUCAACUGUAUCAGUAGCACAGUAUUUUUGUAUGAAAAGUGAGAGACUUCUGAACCGUGACUCAUCAAAUUUUUGAAAUAAAAAAAUAAAAAUCAAGGUUUGGUAUCAAAGACUAUUACUAUGAGUGAUACCAUUUGGGGCCUGUGGUUUUUUUUAACAUCUUUUUGAAGACAUGAAAGGAAAUCACACAGGAGAGAUACCCAAUGAAUGUAAACUGUGGUAAAGCCUGCAGAUACUACAGUACCUUACAAACACACACAAAAAAGAGGAGAGAAACACCAUGAAUGUAAGCAAUGUGGUAGAACUUUCAUUUCUCAUCUAGGUUUUUAAAUACAUGAAAGAAUUCACACUGGAAAGAUUCUAUGGAUGUAAACAUUGUGGUAAAGCCUUCACUUGAAGAUACAUGAGAGUGCACACUAGAGAGACAUUACGUAAAUGUAAAGAAUGUGGAAAGACUUGAAUUAUCCCAGUUCCUUCCAAAGGACUGAAAGGAUUCACUGGGGAAAACUUCUUGAAUGUAAACUAUAGGAAGGACUUCAAUUGGCUCACAUUUUUUACUUGUGAAAACUCCCAUGAAAAAUAAAUAUAAAUGUAACGUGAGAAAGCUUGAUGGAAAUUAACUCAUGUGUAUUGUCCCACUAAACUUUAAACAUGAAAGAGUUGUUAAUAAAGUUUUAAAAAUAUUGUUUAUCAAGCCCCUUUUUUGAAAGUACAUCAUUGGAAAGUGGAUUUCUAAUUACUCAGAAAUGAAUAUUGAGGUGAGAUAAUUCUGGGAGUCAUCUUCACCCAUAAUAGCUAAGAUUAAUAGGUAUUAUCCUUAUUUUCUUAAAUCAGUUAAUAGUAUUUUUAUAGUAAAUAUUUUUAAUUAAAUUUCAAACACCAAAGCAUAAACGUUAAUAUUUGAAUGCUGGGACAUACAGUAUUUUCCCCCUUGUGUUACCAUAUAUUUGGCUUACUGAAAUAAUAACCAGUUAAGAUGAAAUCUUUUAGGCAUUUAGGUGGUAGAAAGUGCUAGAUAAUAAAAUACGAUUUUACUUUAUUGCUAUUUAUGAGAGAGCAAGCAAAAUUAUGUUCAAUUAAGUAUUCUUUUUUCAACACUGUUAGCAUUACUGACCUCAGAAAAAAAUACUGUGACCGAA